ACAAUAUAAAUGCAUGAUGCAAGCAUGCAAUAUCGGAACUGUACAUCCUGUUUAAAGGGACGCCAUUACAGCCUCAAUCGACACAUUUCCAUUUCUUCUCCAUCCUUUCUAAUUCUUCAACCAAUACUGCUCCGACUCCAAAAACCUAGCACCAAAUCAUGACAAUCUUAACAACUGGAACACACGUCUUGAUCUUCCCUUUCCCAGCACAAGGACACAUGAUCCCGCUUCUUGACCUAACCCACAAUCUAGCCAACCGUGGAUUAACCAUUACCAUUUUAGUCACCCCAAAAAACCUCCCUCCCUUAAACCCUCUUCUUUCUGCUCAUCCAUUUAUCAAAACACUAGUCUUUCCUUUUCCUUCACACCCAUCGAUCCCUUCUGGUGUAGAAAACCUAAAAGACUUACCUAAUAAACGCAUUGCCUUUACCAUGAUACGCGCGUUAGGUCAAUUUUACCAGCCGUUGCUCAACUGGUUCAAAUCACACCCUUCUCCGCCAUUAGCCGUAAUAUCUGAUAUGUUUCUUGGAUGGACUCAUCGUUUGGCUACUGAACUUAACAUUCGCCGGAUUUUUUUCUCUCCUUCUGGUGCUAUGGCUUUGUCUGUCAUGUAUUCUCUCUGGCGUGAUAUGCCUAAGCCUAAAACAACUAAUGAAAACGAAGUUAUUUCAUUUCCGGAAAUUCCAGAUUGUCCUAGAUACCCUUGGUGGCAGAUUUCUCCUUUUUAUCGUAGCUAUGUUGAAGGAGACCCAGAUUCAGAAUUUAACAAAGAUGCUUUUCGUUCUAACUUUCUGAGUUGGGGGCUUGUAAUCAACUCGUUCACUCAGUUGGAAGCGAUUUAUUUGGAUUAUUUAAGGAAAGAACUGGGUUAUGAUCGUGUGUGGGCUGUAGGACCUUUGCACCCCGCUUCACACGCAGGACCCAUGGACAGAGGUGGGCCCAGUUAUAUUCCAGUGAAUGAUAUAACAACGUGGCUUGACAGGUGCGAGCAUCUUCAACGUAAAGUGAUCUACGUGUGUUUUGGCAGUCAAACUGAGUUGACCAAUAAUCAGAUUGAGGAGGUUGCGUCAAGCUUGGAGAGUAGUAACGUAAAUUUUAUAUGGUGUGUGUAGAAGCAGGGGCUCGAAGGGACGGAAGAUGGAACAUAUAGUCAGAUCCUGUCUGGUUUUGAAGAUCGUGUGGCUGGGAGAGGAGUUCUAAUAAGAGGGUGGACUCCACAAGUAUUGAUCCUGAGUCAUCGAGCCGUGGGUGCGUUCUUGACUCAUUGUGGAUGGAACUCGGCUCUGGAAGGGCUAGCAUGUGGCGUGCCAAUGCUUGCAUGGCCAAUGGGCGCUGACCAGUUUGUGAACGCUGGUUUAUUGGUUGACGAGUUAAAGGUGGCUGUAAGGGUCUGUGAAGGUGCUGAUACUGUGCCUAACUCGGUUAAGUUAGAACGAGUUUUAAUUGAAUCAUUGCGCGAAAACCGAGUUGAAAAGGAGCGAGCCCAAAAGCUAAGUAAGGUGGCAUUAGAUGCUAUUAAAGAUGGUGGAAGUUCUGUUGGAGAUGUGGAUAAGUUAGUAGAGAAUCUGGUAAGCUUGAAGCUAGAGGCAAGAAGUUUCUGAAACUUCUUAUUAAUAACCAUAAAUAAUUACAUAAGCAUAAAAAUUUUUUUUUUUUAUUUCAAUAGAAUAAAUAAAUACAUAUAUAUUCUUAUCUCA